AAGGUGAAUGAGAAAUGAUAUAAAAGGGGGUAUGCAAAGAAAUCCAUCAGUACUGAAGCUCUACCUGUAGACCUCUCUCACCUCCCAUCAUGGAGUGGAGAACAUCUACAUACUGCAUACUGCUUCUGGCGCUUAUCGGCAUUCAGGUGGAUUCAAAGAACGUCUCUCCCAGUAACCAUGUCAACAACAUCUGCAGCAUGUGGGGAAACUUCCACUUCAAGACAUUCGAUGGGGACGUUUAUCAGUUCCCAGGCACGUGCGAGUAUAACCUGGUGUCUGACUGCCAAAGCCUCAUUCGCCAGUUCUCGGUUCAUGUGAAGAGAACUGAACACACCAAUGGCCCAAAGAUCAGCAGGGUGUCAGUUAGUAUCAAUGACAUUGCCGUUGAGUUGACCGAGAACCAGGUUGUGAUCAACGGACAAAAAGUAACACUGCCUGUGCAUGUCUCAGGGAUCCUUGUGGAAGAAAACACAAUUUACACUAAGCUCUAUUCCAAAAUGGGCAUCACUGUCACAUGGAACAAAGAGGAUGCAGUUAUGGUGGAACUGGACUCCAAAUAUUCCAAUCGCACUUGUGGACUGUGUGGUGAUUUUAAUGGAGUUCCAGUUUAUAGUGAGUUCAUUGAAUCCGGACGGAAGGUUGGCUAUACUGAGUUUGGAAAUAAGCACAGAGUUCCCAACCCAACACAUGACUGCGAAGAUCCUUUUGAAAACAUCGAUGAGCAAAAUGAGGUGGAUCAAUGUGAAAAAUAUCGGGCAGAUUGUGCAGACCUUUUGGAGGAGGAAAAGUGGUCUUCUUGUAGCUGGGUUUUGAACACUGAGCCAUAUAUCAAGGCCUGUACAAAUGAUAUCUGUUCGCGUGAACCUGAAGACGAAGACACCACCGCACUUUGUGCAACUUUGUCUGAAUAUUCACGUCAGUGUUCGCACGCUGGAGGAACUCCACCGACCUGGAGAACAGCAAAAUUCUGUGCUGUCACAUGCCCCUACAAUAUGGUACAUUCUGAAAGCGGCUCCCCCUGUAUGGACACAUGCUUACACAGAGACACAAACACACUGUGUGAGGAACACAACAUCGAUGGCUGCUUCUGCCCACCAGGAACUGUGUUUGAUGACAUCUCAAACACAGGCUGCAUCCCAGCAGAAAAGUGUCAGUGCAAGCAUGACCGUGUCUACAACACAGGAGAGGUUCUUCGCAAAGAUGAGGAAGAAUGUAUAUGUGAGGAGGGAAAGUGGAUCUGUGAGAGUAUUCCUGGCCCUGGCCUGUGCGCAAUAGAGGAAGGAUCUCACUUCACCACUUACGAUGGGAAAGAUUUCACUUUCCAUGGAGACUGCAACUAUGUGCUCUCAAAAGACUGUGAUGAGUCCAAGUUCAUCAUAUUGGGUCAGAUUGUUCCUUGUUUUACUCAUGAAACGGACACCUGUUUGAAAUCUGUUGUGGUGCUGUUUGACAACGACAAGAAAAAUCCUCUGAUUAUUAAAGCUGAUGGGACGGUACAACACAAUGCAGAAGUUUCACUUCCUUACAUGACAGCUGACUUCACAGUGUUCAUGCCGUCAUCGUUUCACAUCAUGCUUCAGACCUCCUUUGGGCUGCAGGUGCAGGUACAGCUGGUGCCUCUUAUGCAGGUGUACAUCACUGUGGACCAAAGCUUCCAGGGCAAGACUUGUGGUCUCUGUGGAAAUUUUAAUAAAGUGCUGUCUGAUGACCUGAAGACUCCUCAGGGAGUGGUGGAGGGUACAGCGGCUUCCUUCGCUAAUGCCUGGAAGGCCCUUUCCAACUGUCCCGACCGCACUGAGAGGAUGGAUGACCCCUGUUCCUACAGCAGUGACAGCGAGCACUUUGCCGAGCACUGGUGUUCCAAGAUGAAGGACAAGGAGAGCCUCUUUGCUAAAUGUCACAGCACUGUCAAUCCAGACAGCUACUACAAAAGAUGCAAAUACUCCAGCUGUACCUGUGAGAAGAGCGAGGACUGUCUGUGUACGGUGUUCUCCUCAUACGCCCGAGCCUGUGCGGCUAAAGGAAUAUUCCUCCAAGGCUGGAGAGAUAUUGUGUGUGAGAAGUAUACAGAGAAUUGCCCGGCCUCUCAGAAAUACUCCUAUCAGCUGCAGAGCUGCCAGCGUACCUGUCUUUCUCUCGCCUCUGAGCGCCAAAGCUGCAGCAUUCACUUUGUGCCCGUUGAUGGAUGCGCAUGUCCAGAAGGACUCUACCAGGAUGAGAAUGAACUGUGUGUACCUAUGGAAAAAUGUCCAUGUUAUCACAAUGGACAAAAAAUCCAUCCCGGCAAGUCUGUCACCAUUAGGGAUGAACACUGUGUUUGCAUGAAUGGAAAGUUCCACUGUCGUUCCUGGAAAACCCGAAUUCUGGGAUGUUCCUCUCCAAAGGUUUUCUUCAACUGCAGUACAGCAGGCCCAGAUGAACAUGGAUUGGAGUGUGCACAGACUUGUACGCAACAGGAAGUUGACUGUUUCUCGGUGGACUGUCAAUCUGGCUGCCAGUGUCCUUUAGGUCUAUUGGAUGAUGGCAGAGGACACUGCGUUAAACCGGAUAACUGCCCAUGUAAACAUGAUGGACAGUUUUAUGCACCAGGAUCUGAGAUAACCAUAGAUUGCAAUAAAUGCACUUGUCGACGGGGAAAAUGGAAAUGUACACAUUAUAAGUGUCCAGGCAUAUGCACCAUAUAUGGCAGUGGACAUUAUAUAACUUUUGAUCAGCAAAGAUUUGGCUUCAGCGGAGACUGCAGUUAUAUUGCUGCUCAGAAUAAUUGUGGAAAUAAAACUGGCAAUUUUCACGUGAUCACCGAGAAUAUGCCUUGUGGAACAACAGGAACUACAUGUUCAAAGGCUGUAGGGAUACUUUUGGGGAGGACUUGGCUGCUGCUUUCUGAUGGGACUGUAAAAGCCACUGAUACUGGAAGUGGUCCAAAGAUCAAGUACAAUGAGAGACACAUCGGAAUGUACCUUGUCAUUGAUGCUAACAUCGGACUGACAAUUUUUUGGGACCGCAAAACCACCGUCCGCAUCAUUCUGCAACCUCAACACAUGGGAGACGUUUGUGGCUUGUGUGGAAAUUUCAAUGGAAAUGGAAAAGAUGACUUCACGACUCAGGGAAAUUUGCCAACUACAAAUGUAUUGGAGUUUGUGGAUAGCUGGAAAGUGUUAAGCACCUGCCCUGAUGCAAAACCAGACUUUAACCCGUGCCUUGAGACCCCCAAUCGAGAGACAUGGGCAAAAAUACAAUGUAGCAUCAUAAAAGAAGAAACAUUCAAAGACUGCCAUAACAAGGUGGAUCCAAACCCAUAUUAUGAAAACUGUGUGAGGGACACAUGCUCAUGUGACACAGGUGGAGAUUGUGAGUGCUUCUGUACUGCUGUGGCAGCUUACGCUCAAGCCUGCAAUGAUGCGGGUGUUUGUGUCGCUUGGAGAACACCUGAGAUCUGCCCUGUGUACUGUGACUUCUACAAUGAACAUGGAGAAUGCACAUGGCACUACAGUCCUUGUCAUACACCUUGCUACAAAACCUGUCUCAACCCUGAUGGUAUCUGCAAUACCACUUUACCCAACCUAGAAGGAUGUUAUCCAAAAUGUCCAGAGGAUAAGCCUAUUUAUGAUGAGCAAAAUCAGAUCUGUGUGGAGGAAUGUACAACACCAGCACCUCCCACACCACCUACCCCCACACCGACAACUACCACAACGUCUACUACAACACCAGUACCUCCCACACCAUCUACUACAACACCAGUACCUCCCACACCAUCUACUACAACACCAGUACCUCCGACACCAUCUACUACAACACCAGUACCUCCCACACCACCUACCCCCACACCGACAACUACCACAACGUCUACUACAACACCAGUACCUCCCACACCAUCUACAACAACAUCAGUACCUCCCACACCACCUACCCCCACACCGACAACUACCACAACGUCUACUACAACACCAGUACCUCCCACACCAUCUACUACAACACCAGUACCUCCCACACCACCUACUCCCACACCGACAACUACCACGUCUACUACAACACCAGUACCUCCCACAUCUACUACAACACCAGUACCUCCCACACCACCUACUCCCACACCGACAACUACCACAACGUCUACUACAACACCAGUACCUCCCACACCGACAACUACCACAACGUCUACUACAACACCAGUACCUCCCACACCAUCUACUACAACACCAGUACCUCCCACACCACCUACCCCCACACCAACAACUAGCACAACGUCUACUACAACACCAGUACCUCCCACACCAUCUACUACAACACCAGUACCUCCCACACCACCUACCCCCACACCGACAACUACCACAACGUCUACUACAACACCAGUACCUCCCACACCAUCUACUACAACACCAGUACCUCCCACACCACCUACCCCCACACCGACAACUACCACGUCUACUACAACACCAGUACCUCCCACACCAUCUACUACAACACCAGUACCUCCCACACCACCUACUCCCACGCCGACAACUACCACAACGUCUACUACAACACCAGUACCUCCCACACCACCUACCCCCACACCAACAACUAGCACAACAUCUACUACAACACCAGUACCUCCACACAUCUACACAACACCACACAACGUCUACUACAACACCAGUACCUCCCACACCAUCUACUACAACACCAGUACCUCCCACACCACCUACUCCCACACCGACUACCACAACGUCUACUACAACACCAGUACCUCCCACACCACCUACCCCCACACCGACAACUACCACAACGUCUACUACAACACCAGUACCUCCUACAUCAUCUACUACAACACCUGUACCUCCCACACCACCUACCCCCACACCAACAACUACCACAACGUCUACUACAACACCAGUACCUCCCACACCAUCUACUACAACACCAGUACCUCCCACACCACCUACCCCCACACCAACAACUACCACAACGUCUACUACAACACCAGUACCUCCCACACCACCUACCCCCACACCGACAACUACCACAAUGUCUACUACAACACCAGUACCUCCCACACCAUCUACUACAACACCAGUACCUCCCACACCACCUACUCCCACACCGACAACUACCACAACGUCUACUACAACACCAGUACCUCCCACACCACCUACCCCACACCGACAACUACCACAACGUCUACUACAACACCAGUACCUCCCACACCAUCUACUACAACACCAGUACCUCCCACACCGACAACUACCACAACGUCUACUACAACACCAGUACCUCCCACUCCAUCUACUACAACACCAGCACCUCCCACACCACCUACCCCCACACCGACAACUACCACAACGUCUACUACAACACCAGUACCUCCCACACCAUCUACUACAACACCAGUACCUCCCACACCACCUACCCCCACAACAACUACCACAUUUUCAUCGACGUCACCAUGUAUUAUUAUAUGUGAGUGGUCUGAAUGGUUCAAUGUAUAUAAUCCUGCAUUAGGAGGUGGGGAUGACUUGGAGACGUAUGAAAAUAUUGCAGGAAGUGGAAAACAGAUCUGUGAACAGCCAGAAGAUAUUGAAUGUAGGGCUGUGGGCCAACCUGACAUGAGCUUUGAAGAUUUUAUUCAUUAUUCAAAACAAGUUGCCCAGUGCAAUGUUUCAUAUGGAUUGGUGUGUAAGAAAGAACAACAGAAUGCCCGACCCUAUAAAUGUUUUGACUAUGAAAUACGGGUUAAAUGCUGUUUUGAUUGUGCAACACCAGUACCUCCCACACCAUCUACCCCCACACCGACAUCUACCACAACAUCUACUACAACACCAGUACCUCCCACACCAUCUACUACAACACCAGUACCUCCCACACCACCUACCCCCACACCGACAACUACCACAACGUCUACUACAACACCAGUACCUCCCACACCACCUACCCCCACACCGACAACUACCACAACGUCUACUACAACACCAGUACCUCCCACACCAUCUACUACAACACCAGUGCCUCCCACACCACCUACCCCCACACCAACAACUAGCACAACGUCUACUACAACACCAGUACCUCCCACACCAUCUACUACAACACCAGUACCUCCCACAACGUCUACUACAACACCAGUACCUCCCACACCACCUACCCCCACACCGACAACUACCACAACGUCUACUACAACACCAGUACCUCCCACACCAUCUACUACAACACCAGUGCCUCCCACACCACCUACCCCCACACCGACAACUAGCACAACGUCUACUACAACACCAGUGCCUCCCACACCACCUACCCCCACACCGACAACUACCACGUCUACUACAACACCAGUACCUCCCACACCACCUACCCCCACACCAACAACUACCACAACGUCUACUACAACACCAGUGCCUCCCACACCACCUACCCCCACACCGACAACUACCACAACGUCUACUACAACACCAGUACCUCCCACACCAUCUACUACAACACCAGUACCUCCCACACCACCUACCCCUACACCGACAACUACAACGUCUACUACAACACCAGUACCUCCCACACCAUCUACAACACCAGUGCCUCCCACACCACCUACCCCCACACCAACAACUAGCACAACGUCUACUACAACACCAGUGCCUCCCACACCACCUACCCCCACACCGACAACUACCACAACGUCUACUACAACACCAGUACCUCCCACGCCAUCUACUACAACACCAGUACCUCCCACACCACCUACCCCCACACCGACAACUACCACGUCUACUACAACACCAGUACCUCCCACACCACCUACCCCCACACCGACAACUACCACAACAUCUACUACAACACCAGUACCUCCCACACCACCUACCCCCACACCGACAACUACCACAACGUCUACUACAACACCAGUACCUCCCACACCACCUACCCCCACACCGACAACUACCACAACAUCUACUACAACACCAGUACCUCCCACACCACCUACCCCCACAACGUCUACUACAACACCAGUACCUUCCACGCCAUCUACUACAACACCAGUGCCUCCCACACCACCUACCCCCACACCGACAACUACCACAACAUCUACUACAACACCAGUACCUCCCACACCACCUACCCCCACACCGACAACUACAACACCAGUACCUCCCACACCACCUACCCCCACACCGACAACUACCACAACGUCUACUACAACACCAGUACCUCCCACGCCAUCUACUACAACACCAGUACCUCCCACACCACCUACCCCCACACCGACAACUACCACGUCUACAACAACACCAGUACCUCCCACGCCAUCUACUACAACACCAGUACCUCCCACACCACCUACCCACACGACAACUACCACGUCUACUACAACACCAGUACCUCCCACACCACCUACCCCCACACCGACAACUACCACAACAUCUACUACAACACCAGUACCUCCCACACCACCUACCCCCACACCGACAACUACAACACCAGUACCUCCCACACCACCUACCCCCACACCGACAACUACCACAACGUCUACUACAACACCAGUACCUCCCACGCCAUCUACUACAACACCAGUACCUCCCACACCACCUACCCCCACACCGACAACUACCACGUCUACAACAACACCAGUACCUCCCACGCCAUCUACUACAACACCAGUACCUCCCACACCACCUACCCCCACACCGACAACUACCACGUCUACUACAACACCAGUACCUCCCACACCACCUACCCCCACACCGACAACUACCACAACGUCUACUACAACACCAGUACCUCCCACACCGACAACUACAACACCAGUACCUCCCACACCACCUACCCCCACACCGACAACUACCACAACGUCUACUACAACACCAGUACCUCCCACGCCAUCUACUACAACACCAGUACCUCCCACACCACCUACCCCCACACCGACAACUACCACGUCUACAACAACACCAGUACCUCCCACGCCAUCUACUACAACACCAGUACCUCCCACACCACCUACCACACCGACAACUACCACAACAUCUACUACAACACCAGUACCUCCCACACCACCUACCCCCACACCGACAACUACCACGUCUACUACAACACCAGUACCUCCCACACCAUCUACUACAACACCAGUGCCUCCCACACCACCUACCCCCACACCGACAACUACCACAACGUCUACUACAACACCUGUACCUCCCACGCCAUCUACUACAACACCAGUACCUCCCACACCACCUACCCCCACACCGACAACUACCACAACGUCUACUACAACACCAGUACCUCCCACACCACCUACCCCCACACCGACAACUACCACAACAUCUACUACAACACCAGUACCUCCCACACCACCUACCCCCACACCGACAACUACCACGUCUACUACAACACCAGUACCUCCCACACCAUCUACUACAACACCAGUGCCUCCCACACCACCUACCCCCACACCGACAACUACCACAACGUCUACUACAACACCUGUACCUCCCACGCCAUCUACUACAACACCAGUACCUCCCACACCACCUACCCCCACACCGACAACUACCACAACGUCUACUACAACACCAGUACCUCCCACACCACCUACCCCCACACCGACAACUACCACAACAUCUACUACAACACCAGUACCUCCCACACCACCUACCCCCACACCGACAACUACCACGUCUACUACAACACCAGUACCUCCCACACCAUCUACUACAACACCAGUGCCUCCCACACCACCUACCACACCGACAACUACCACAACGUCUACUACAACACCUGUACCUCCCACGCCAUCUACUACAACACCAGUACCUCCCACACCACCUACCCCCACACCGGCAACUACCACAACGUCUACUACAACACCAGUACCUCCCACACCACCUACCACACCGACAACUACCACAACAUCUACUACAACACCAGUACCUCCCAACCACCUACCCCACACCGACAACUACCACGUCUACUACAACACCAGUACCUCCCACACCAUCUACUACAACACCAGUGCCUCCCACACCACCUACCCCCACACCGACAACUACCACAACGUCUACUACAACACCUGUACCUCCCACGCCAUCUACUACAACACCAGUACCUCCCACACCACCUACCCCCACACCGACAACUACCACAACACCAGUACCUCCCACACCACCUACCCCCACACCGACAACUACCACAACGUCUACUACAACACCAGUACCUCCCACACCACCUACCCCCACACCGACAACUACCACAACAUCUACUACAACACCAGUGCCUCCCACACCAUCUACUACAACACCAGUACCUCCCACACCACCUACCCCACACCGACAACUACCACAACGUCUACUACAACACCUGUACCUCCCACGCCAUCUACUACAACACCAGUACCUCCCACACCACCUACCACACCGACAACUACCACAACGUCUACUACAACACCAGUACCUCCCACACCACCUACCCCCACACCGACAACUACCACAACAUCUACUACAACACCAGUACCUCCCACGCCAUCUACUACAACACCAGUACCUCCCACACCACCUACCCCCACACCGACAACUACCACAACGUCUACUACAACACCAGUACCUCCCACAUCACCUACCCCCACACCGACAACUACCACAACGUCUACUACAACACCAGUACCUCCCACACCACCUACCCCCACACCGACAACUACCACAACAUAUACUACAACACCAGUACCUCCCACACCACCUACCCCCACACCGACAACUACCACAACGUCUACUACAACACCAGUACCUCCCACACCAUCUACUACAACACCAGUGCCUCCCACACCAUCUACUACAACACCAGUACCUCCCACACCACCUACCCCCACACCGACAACUAGCACAUCUACAACACCACACAACGUCUACUACAACACCAGUGCCUCCCACACCACCUACCCCCACACCGACAACUACCACAACGUCUACUACAACACCAGUACCUCCCACACCACCUACCCCCACACCGACAACUACCACGCAGUCUACUACACCAGUACCUCCCACACCACCUACCCCCACACCGACAACUACCACAACGUCUACCACGACACCUGUACCUCCCACGCCAUCUACUACAACACCAGUACCUCCCACACCACCUACCCCACACCGACAACUACCACAACGUCUACUUCAACACCAGUACCUCCCACACCAUCUACUACAACACCAGUACCUCCCACACCAACAUCUAAUACAACAAAAAUAACUCCUGAAACUGGAACAACGACAAAACCAGAGACUUCACCACAAAUUAUCAUAACAACAACUACCACAAAGCCUACUACGAAGAUAACUACUACACCUACUCCUACACCUACUCCUACACCAACUCCACACUACGACUGUCCUGAAUGGGACAAAAAUACCAACGAGACCUUCAUCUUGUGUAACUGCACCAUGGCAAGGUGCAUUGAAGACAACGUCAUUGAAAUUAUCCCAUUUGAAUGUCCUCCACUGCAGAACAUCACCUGUGAAAAUGGCAAGAAUCCUGUGCUUGUUUAUGAUGAGCACUACUGCUGCCAAUAUUACACAUGUGACUGCUUUUGUGAAGGCUGGGGUGAUCCGCAUUACAUCACAUUUGAUGGACUCUUCUACAGUUAUCAAGGAAACUGCACUUACAUAUUAAUGGAGGAAAUAAGGCCUCAUUACCAUUUAAAGAUCUACAUUGACAAUGUCUAUUGUGACCCUGUUGAGCAUGUAUCCUGUCCCAGAUCCAUUAUUGUGUCUUACAACAAACAAGUCAUAACACUUAAGAAUCACAAUCUCAUCGGAGGUGCAGACCUAGAGGUUAUUAAGGAUGAUGUUAAGUUAAAUCUGCCAUAUGCUUUCAAUGGUGUGAGGGUUAUAAGCUCAGGUCUAGACUUGUUCCUGAGUAUUCCACAGCUGGGUGUUGAUAUAACAUUUGGAGCCACUGGCUUUAGCAUCAACCUGCCAUUCCAGCAUUUCGGAAACAACACACAAGGUCACUGUGGAACGUGCAACAACAACCAGGCUGAUGACUGCAUGCUUCCUGGAGGGAUCUUGGUGGACGACUGUGCAGUGAUGGCGGAUUACUGGCCAGCCAGUGGUGUGAAUGGUGAAAUGUGCACUCCACCAACUGCAUUACCUACCGUUGGUGGUGAUAUCAAACCUACAACUGAGCCAUGCCAGGCCCAUCCUGAGUGCAACCUCCUCAGCAGCGAGCUGUUCGAAGCAUGCCAUUCCCAUGUGUCCCCCGAAAAAUUCUUUUUAGGAUGUCAAUAUGAUAGUUGUCAUAUGAGCAACCCUGCCGUGGUGUGUACCAGUCUGCAGAGCUACGCAAGGGCUUGUUCUCAAUUAGGGAUCUGCAUACACUGGAGGAACUACACUAACCUUUGCAAUAUUGAAUGCCCAGCAGAUAAAGUCUUCAAUCCUUGUGGUCCAGCUGAGCCACCAAGCUGUGAUGAUAUACCUGGACAGAACACCAUCAUAGUGCCCACAGAGGGCUGCUUCUGUCCUGAGGGCACGAUGCUCUUCAACAAGGAGACAGGAGUCUGUGUGAACAAAUGCGGAUGCCUGGACUCCUCUGGGACACCACGCGAGUUCGAUGAGGUUUUCGAGUACAACUGUGAAGAGUGUAUCUGUGAUAAGGCCAGCAAAUCAGUGAUCUGUAAGCCCAAGAAGUGUUCUGAUGCGACUCCUGAGAGCUGCACUGAUCCUGGCUUCGUGCUUGUCAAUGUCACCAAUCCUUCAGACCCAUGCUGCAGCAAACAAGUUUGCAAUUGUGAUGUCAACAUGUGCCCACCUUUGGAUAAAAAGUGUACAGUCGGAUAUGCGCCAGUCCUGGAAGUGCCUAACGGAAAAUGCUGUCCAGAAAUCAAAUGCGAGCCAAAGAAAGUGUGUGUCCACAAAAACAUUGAGUAUGAGCCUGGUACCGACAUCCCAGUCGUUGACUGUCAGGAAUGUAGCUGUACAUGGGACGUGGAUCCUAAAACGCAGCUGUUCAAGAUCAAAUGUGGAUUUGUGCAGUGCAAUGAGGAAUGUGAUCGUGGUUAUAAAUAUGUUGAAACAAGCUUGGACGAAUGCUGCGGAAAGUGUGUGCAAACUCACUGCAUCGUCAACAUCAAUGGCUUCAAUCAAAUACUGCCGGAAGGAGCCACUUUGCCCAUUCCAAACCAGGGCUGUGACAAAAUCACAUGCACUAAAGUUAAUGGACAGUUCAUCGCCGACAAACACACAGUCCAGUGUCCUCCUUUCAACAUUUCCAACUGCCAGCCUGGCACCGUUCAGGUGACAGCUGAUGGCUGCUGCUAUGUUUGUGUGGACAAAAUCAAGGGAUGUCAAGUACAGACCGCUCAUGAUUACAUAAAUCACAAUGACUGUCAAUCAGAGAGGAAAAUGGACCUGACAUUUUGUGGUGGAGAUUGUACCAGUUUUAGCAAGUACACAGAACCUGGGUUGUCAUCAUGUAGCUGUUGCCAGGCCAAACGCUCAAGUAAUCGCACAGUGAAUCUUGGUUGCGUAAAUGGAGAUGUAAUAACCCACACAUACAUCCAUGUUGAAGAGUGCUCCUGUAGCAAAACUAACUGUCAUGCAAUGGGAGCGAGCCUAACACUCACUGAAGACGACGAAAGAAAACGCAGCUUCGGACUUCCGUGAGCAGCAGCAGUGAAUCAUUGACCCAAACUCUCUAAAAAACUACUCUCAAGUAUCUUUGAUCAGAAAUUAAUUUAAAUUGCACAUGCUUUGUUUAACAUUUCUUUAUCUAUAGAGCUUUUAAUUUUUCUUUGUUAAAUGUGAACUCUUUUGCUUGCUUGAAAUAAAAAAGCAAUUAAAAAGGCAUCUUAAAACUAAA